AUGGAUAGUAUAUUUUUCACUUUUUAUUUGUUGACAUAUCUUACGACACUUUUUGCUAAUUUAUUGUUGAUGCUGGUGAUCUAUCUUGACACAAGUCUUCACAAACCUAUGUACAUAUUUUUGUUUAAUCUGGCAUUGAAUGGACUUAUUGGAAGCUCAGCAGUCCUGCCUACCAUCAUGAACAACCUUCUUGAUAAUAUGAAAGUAAUUUUCUUUAACAGCUGUUUGUUUCAAGUGUUCUGUGUCAAUAUUUAUGGAUCAUGUGCAUAUUUAAUAUUAAUGGUUAUGGCGUAUGAUAGGUAUGUUGCUAUUUGUAAACCACUGCAGUAUCAUACCAUAAUGACAGCAACCAAAGUUAGGUUGCUUUUAGGCUUAGUCUACAUUUUUCCAAUUUGCUUUUUAGGUACACAAGUACACCUUACUUCAAAGAUGCCUUUGUGUAGGUACACUAUAAGCAAGCUGUUUUGUGAUAACUUGGCAGUUGUCAGCCUCUCCUUUAUGUUUGUUGUUUUUCCUUUGAUAUUUGUGAUAAUAUCAUAUGUAAAAAUAUUACUUGUCAGUAUGAAAGCAUCAGCAAAUGCCAAAAAGAAGGCUUUAAAAACCUGCCUCCCACAUUUAAUCACAUUUAUUAAUUUUUCAUCGGCCACUCUUUUUUCUAGACUUACUCAUGCAGAUACACAGGAAGGGCAUGAAGAACAGUGGUAUGCCGUGUAUGAAGAUUAA